AUGUCAUAUUCAAAAAUAUUUUCAGAUUUACCUGAAUUAACAUAUGAUAUUAUAAAAUAUUUUAAGAAUGAUUUUUCAACUUUACAUUCAUGUAUAUUAGUUAACAGAUUAUGGUGUCGUUUAGCGAUUCCAUUAUUAUGGGAAAAUCCAUUUUCAAUUCCUAACAAAAAUUAUAACUUUAUUAUAAUUUAUUUACAUAACUUAAAUGGUGAUUUAAAAGCACAAUUAAGUAAAUAUAAAAUUGAUGAUAAAUUAUUUCCUUCAAAUACACUUUUUAAUUAUCCCACUUUUUUAAAAUAUUUGUAUACACAGAAAAUUAUUUCUUCUAUUAAAGAAUGGGCUAAAGAUGUUAAACUCGAAAAAAGCUCAAUACUUGGAUUUAAGAGAUUAAUUCACAUGUCAUUAUUUAAAAUAUUUAUUUUAAAUGAAGUAAAUAUACAUACUUUUGAUAUUCAGAUCAAUUUUUCCUAUAUAGAUGAUAUACUUGAAUUAAUGUUAAAAAACCCAGAUUUCUUUCAUAAUAUUAGAAAUUUAAAACUCGGUUGUAUUGAUGUCUUACUUAGCCAUGCUAAAAAUUUUGCACCUCAAAUGAUUAUUUUAUGUCAAAAUCUUAAAAAAAUUUCAUCAACUUGUAAUAGUUUUCCUAUAUAUCAAUCAUCAUUGUUAUCAAAAGAUUAUAAUCAUUCAUCAAAUACUUUAAAUACAAUCAUCUUAUAUUCCCUAAAUUUUAAAGUUAUAACCAAUUUAGACAAACUAUUUAAACAAUUGAAUGUUUUAGAAUCUGUUCAUAUCAUUUAUUGUAUUUUAAGUACUGAUUUUGUUCAAAAAAUAAUUAACUUAAUUAAACCAUUUAAGUUAAAAUCUAUAUUCUUAUAUAGAAAUAAUGAAUUACAAUUUAUUGAAUUAUUACAAUUAUUAUUACAAAAAUAUGGUGAUUAUUUGGAAAAUUUUGGGUUUGAAGUUGGUUUUAGUUCGUUUAUAUCUGAGGAGCAACAAUUACUUGAAUCAAUUAUAAAAUAUUGUAAAAAUAUUAAAUUUCUUGAUUUGACUGUAUUUAAUAGUCGGAUUAUUUAUCCUUUAUUCAAUUUAACUGAAAAUCUAAAACAAAAUCUUAAUCAUCUUUCUAUCAAAAUCUUUGCUAUUGAAUUUAGUUCAAUUAUAUUACAAAAUUUAGGUCAAUUACUUCCUCUUAAAUUAGAAUAUUUAAGUUUAACUCUUAUUAUUAAAUAUGAAGAUUUUGAAAUUUUCUUAAAAAAUUCUCAGAAUACUUAUAUUAAAAAAUUGUUAAUCAAUUAUAGUGAAGAUCAAGAUGAGGAAUGUCGUGAUACUCAUGAUAUUAUUUUAUUCUAUAUAAAAAAAUAUAUUAUGAAAAAGAAAAGAAUCAAAUAUUUGGCUAUUAUUAGUUCUAAUACUGAUUUAUCUUCAUUUAAAGAUGAAGUGAAAGAAUUUGAGUUAUAUAAUAUUAAAAUUCAAAAAUAUUAUGAUUUGUUUAUUAAUUCUAAAUUAAGAUAUGUAGAAGAAUUGGAAGGUUUUUAA